AUUGAACAUAAAAAUCGGAAGCAGAAUGUAAUUUAGAAUGCUUCGUAGUCUACAAGUUGGUUAUAUGGAUACCUAAUUAUGCUUUAUAGAUACUUACUUAUGUAUUUGAAUGAUAAGUAGUCAAUUUUUUUGACCAUUACCAUGAAACUUUAUGAGCUGAGAAUUUGAUCAAUACCGAACCCAAUAUUGCUGUUUUUUUUUGUUUUGUUUUUUAGUCCACUUGACAUAUUUUAGUUUAUUGUACCAGCUAACUCAAGUAUUCGACAAAUCGUUGUGUUCGAAAAGUUCUUAAAAUGUUGAAAUUUAUCAUCUUCGUGAUUUUUUUGGAUCACGCGAACUCGUAUAAAAUACUCGGUAUAUUUCCUUUCCCACUUAAAAGUCAUUUUCUUACGUUUGAUCCUUUGAUGAUCGAGUUAGCUAAUCGCGGUCAUAAUGUGACAGUUUACAACACGUUCCCAAAAAAAUAUACCAUCGCUAAUUACAACGACGUCGAUAUUUCCAACUGUUUCGGUCCUUCGGUGGCCUGGGAUAUUAAUCAAAUGAAAGAAGUAGGAGUUAAUCGCCGUAUCUUAGUUCCUGCGCUCCUACAAUAUGUUCCGAAAUAUGCACAAAUCAUCAAUUGCGAACCAAUUACGAGUUUGUGGAAUUCUAGCGAAAAGUACGAUCUUCUUAUAGUUGAAAUGUGUCACAAUGAUAUUUUCAUGCUGUUUGGAAAACGUUUCGAUGUGCCAAUUGUUGCUUUUCAUUCGCAUAUACCUCUUCCUUGGCAUCACGAAGUGAUGGGAUUGCUGAAUAGUCCUUCGUAUUUACCAGUAGAAUUCAGCGGAUAUACUUCGAAGAUGAAUUUUUUCCAAAGAUUGAUCAACGCUUGGCUGCAUUUCGAGGGCAAUUUUUACUACGAAAUUGGCAGUCGUAGAGUUUUAGAUGAAAUCGCGCCGAAAAUUUUCAACCAGUCUGUGCCUAAAAUGAAAGAUCUGGCGAACGGUGUGAAUUUGUGGUUGUUCAAUACUCAUUAUUCGAUUAAUUGGGCGAUGCCGUUGGCACCUAAUGUCAAGGAGGUUGGAGGGUUGAUGAUACAGAAGAGUAAACCGCUGCCAAAGAAUAUUGAGAAAUUCAUUAACGAAUCGAAACACGGAGUUGUAUACUUCUGCAUGGGAUCUUUACUCAGAGGUGAAACAUUCCCACCAGAAAAACGCGAGGCUUUCUUGUACGCUUUCUCAAAAAUCGCUCAACGUGUGCUGUGGAAAUGGGAAGGUGACGUUUUGCCAGGAAAAUCCGAUGAUAUUAUGAUCUCCAAAUGGAUGCCACAGAGAGAUAUUUUAGCUCAUCCGAAUGUAAAACUGUUCAUAUCUCACGGAGGAUUAUUGGGUAUGAGCGAAGCAGUUUACGAAGGUGUACCAAUCUUGGGAAUCCCUAUUGUCGCCGACCAAAGAACCAAUAUCAAAUCUCUAGAAGCGAACGGAGCCGGCGAACUUCUCGAUUAUAAUAAUGAAAUAUCCAAUGAAGUAGUUUUGGAGAAAAUUCAAAGACUGUUGAACGAUCCCAAGUACAAAGAAAAUGCAAAAGUGCUUUCGGAUAGAUAUCGUGAUCGUCCGAUGUCUCCUUUAGACACUGCCGUGUACUGGACCGAAUACGUAAUUAGACAUAAAGGAGCACCUCAUCUAAGAACAGCUGCCGCAGAUAUGCCAUGGUACCAGUAUUUGCUCCUCGAUGUGAUAGCCUUCGUGGUAGCCGUUCUGGUCGCCGGAUUGUUGAUCAUUUAUUACGCCACUAAGUUUAUUUUGAAAGCUAUUUAUGGAUUUAUUCAUGGCCCUCAGAAAGGUUCCUCGAAAUUGGACGAAAAAGUUAAAUGUAAUUAAAGUCGUCGAAUUAAUUUAUCGUCACUAUGGUGUAAUGUAUUGUCAGUGUGUUAUUUUUUUUCCGCAAUGAAAAUGUUUGUACGUUCGACGAACUUGUACUAUUAUUAGUGUUUUGAAAUGUUUAAAUUUUCAAGGUGUGUGGUUUAAAAAUUAUUACUUUGUUGCAGGGCUUGAAACCAUUUGGAUUUUAUUGGUUGUUGUGGUAGGUGGUUUUUAAAGGACUCAAAAAUAAUGGUUUUUGGUUAUGGUUUCUGAAUUGGUUUUUCAAUCACAGUUUUUCUGGUUCUGGUUUUGAAAUGGUUUCAAAUUUAUUUUAAUAUGGCGUGGCGUGGAUGUGGUUUUGGUUUUGUAAUAAUAUUUUUUUUGGAGCCAUUUCAAAUUUUCAAAUGGUUUUUGUGGUUGUGGUGGUUUUGAUAUUGAAAAAUUUUUGAAUUUUCAAAUAAAUUUACCAAAAAACAAAUUAAGGUUCGAGUAUUAAAAUACUUAUAAAAAUUAUAUCUAAAUAUUCAAUUUAAAAAAAUUAUAAAAUUUAAAGAAGUAAAUUCUAAAUUUAAAUGUCUGAUUUGAGACCAAAAAACAGAAAAUUUCCAUCACCGGUGUGGAAAAAUUGAAAAAAAUUGCAGAAACCAAAAAGAAUCAUUUGAAGAGUGAUAUUCCAAAACUAGCUUUGUCCAUUUUUAUCAAAGUUGGGUUUUCAGUAGUACCUGGUAGAUGAAGUAUUAACUUACAUUCCUACAUCAUCAACCUACCAAAAUGAGGUGUUAAACUCACCUAAAUAGCCAAUUCACUAAAAAUUAAAAAAAAAAUAAUGUUCCAAAACGCGUUUUGUCCAUUUUUAUUGAAAUUUUUUUCCGCAGUAUUUAGUGGAUGAAAUGUAUACCUACACUCCUACAACAUAAAUCCACCCAAAUAAAGUGCUAAACUCGCCUAAAAAGCCAAUUUACCCGUUUAAAGGGAAACUGUUUUUCCUCUCUCCUGAAAAGUUGUGAAAAUGGACAAAGCUAGUUUUGGAAUAUAACUCUUCAUUUCAUGAAUUGGUUGUUAUUGGUUAUGGUUACAUUUACAUUUGAAAAUUGAAAUGGUUCUUGUGGUUGUGGUUUUCUCCAAAGAACACAACUAUUUGGAGGUUUUGGUUUUUUCAAUCCAAUUUUUUUUUCAACAUAUUGGUUUUUUGUUGUUGUUUUUGAAAUGUACAGAAAGAAGUUGAAAUGGUUGUGGUAGUGGUUAAAACCAAUUGAAAAACAAUGGUUGUGGUGGUUUUAUUUGGUUUUGGUGGUUUUAAGCCCUGCUUUGUUGUACAUAUUUUUGAUUUUGUCUUCUUGUGAUUUAAAAAUAAAGUUAUAUUGAUGACGA